AACACGAAGUGACGAAAACGCUGAGGGGCGGGCAGUGGCGGCCAACCUGCCGACAGACUGGCAGCCGCUGCCCUCAGCGUUCUUCUUGGUAAUUCGGUCCUUACUGACAGAGAGUGGAUUGUUUUAUUGGUCCUCCAGAGCUCGGCCCGUGCUUGAACUUGACGGGUUGUACAGGGAACCUGUAUCCAGACCAGGACCAAUAGGCUCUCCCUUAGAUAUACCCAAUUUAACGGCGAGGCCUCCACGCCCAGACCCAGACCCAGAGUUUCUCCCCUGGAUGUACCCGAGCCAGUGCCGAGACGGGCUGGCUGCUGCGUCUGAGUGUUGUGGGCCCGUGUCCGAUGAGUGUUGCCGCCCAUGGUUGGACUGUCCCUAGCGUUUUGCCAAGGUUUGGGAGAUAUUGAGGAGCGAGCCAUAGCAAACAUGGCUCUGCCUAAUACACAGUAACAGGGAAGUAUGGAAGAGUGUUCCAGUGUGAGGUCGACAGACUCUGCAGGUACUAGUGAGGAGUAUGAGAUUGUGGAGAGCGAGGCGGCCACAGUCAGCAACCCACAGCAGGACCUCCACCCCCUGGAGCCCACAUUAAACAUUGCCAACAACGGGAACAUGGAAGACCUGCGGCUGGAACUGACAGAGGUCAUGAAAGAGAAGAGCUCUGUUGGAUCCUCUCCAGCCACCAACAAUGGAACACCAGCAAAGCGGGGCGAUGAUGAGGAGGAAGAGGAAGAGGACAUACCAGUCUUCCCUUCUCCAGCUGUAGACAGUCAGCAGGGUCCUGAGGUCUCCCAGGUGUCCCAUGCGUCCCUUGGGUCUCGUGCAUCCCAGGGGUCGAGUUUGAGUGAAGAGCCCGGGCGCCACGAUGACAGGACACUGGGCGAAAACAAUCCUAGUUUCUCCCAGACGGCCUCAGAUGAUGACAUGGAGAGGGUACACACUGAGGACGGGAGCGGAGACUACACCAUUUUCAACCGAGUGACAUACCUCGGGGCAGCCUCCAUUAACGCACCCAGGAGUGAAGGGGAGAUCCAGCGCAACAUGGCCAUACUCAAUGCACAGGCACAGGAGCAAGCGCUGGAAGUUUCCGUCUCCGUCCCGUCAAACUCUGAAGGCUAUGUCAUAAUUUAUGACGCCAACAGCAGCACGGAGAUGACACGCUUUAAGAUCCACCGCAUUCUGUUCUGCGCCCGGGGCAAGGCAGACACCUCGGAGGCCUGCUGCUUUGCCUUCACCUCCUCCCACGGCGACACGCAGGAGACGGCCAUCUUCCAGUGCCAUGUUUUUCGCUGCCAGAUCCCUGAAGCAGUGGCUCGUGUCUUAAUCACAUUUGCGGCUGCCUUCCGUCGUGUCCCCAAGAGCAAGAUGGGCCAGCGCGAAGAGACCUGCCACACCCGCCAGCCAGAUGACCUCAUCCACCUCUUUGACAUCUCACUGGAAAUCAAGGAGGAGGAUAGUAAGGGGAACUUCAAUACAGUACCAAGGGACAAGGAGUUCUUUAAGCUCCGCAGCAACACAGAGAAGCAGCUGGUCCUGACAGUGAGCCCGGCCCCCCACAGCAGUCUCCCCAGCUUGGCCCACCACCCCCCAGCACCUGCCGACCUGUGUGUUGAGCGGUGUUUUGGCCUCCUUGUGGCUCACGGCAGGAGGGUGAAGCACGCCGACAUGAACCUGCUGGAAAUGAAAAUGGCCGUCCAUGAUCACUCACUGGCAGACUCAGUGAGAACUCAGAAUGGAGGCAAAAAUGGAUUCUCAAACACAUCCCAUGUUUUUGGGGUAAAUGAGGUGCAGGUGUCCAUGGGAAGUAGUGUGAAUGACAAGAAAAGUUAUGUGAUAUCAGGCCACUGGGACCCCUGUGACCCUGUGUUUGCUGUGCUCAACCAAGAGACACCCAAAGACCGCCGGGUGUUCAUGACUGUUGCCAUAGACCUAGUCAUCCGAGGGAUCCAGGAGCCGGUGCGCUUCACCAUCGAAACCAAAGUGAGGGUGUACCCGCAGAAUGAGCGCUUCUGGUACUUCAGCAAGAAGCCGUUGGUUCACCUCUUUUCUCUCAAGCUCAAGCAGGUGGACCACUCACCGCAAGGGGACAAGCAAUAUGUGGUCACCAGCGUGGAUAACCUUGGGGAGGUGGAGCGCUGGCGACCCUCUGCCAUGUCCCUCUCCCUCAACCUCUCAUCCCUCACCUCCUCCACCCUCUCCUCCCUCUCUACAGGUCGCUCCCCCUCCAUUGCCUCCAUUGAAACUCCAGGCUGUGAGGAGGACACAGAUGAUGACGAGCCCUUGCUGAGUGGGUCUGGCGAGGUGUCCAAGGACUGCCCACAAGGGGAGCUUGACCUCUGGAGACAGGUGUUGCCCAGGAUGCAGGCAGACUCCCAGCAGCUGCCUAAGGGUGUGGCGAGCCUGGUGAAGCGAGGCAUCCCUGAGGCACUCAGAGGGGAGGUGUGGCAGCUGCUGGCCGGCUGCUCCCAGAACCAGGACAUGAUGGAGACCUACCGAGUCCUGAUAACCAAGGAUUGCCCCAGUGACCAGGUGAUCCAGAGGGACAUUAACCGCACGUUCCCCGCUCACGACUACUUCAAGGAGGUGGGCGGGGUGGGGCAGGACGCUCUUUUCAAGAUCAGCAAGGCUUAUGCCGUGUAUGAUGAGGAAGUUGGAUACUGUCAGGGGCUGUCCUUCUUAGCAGCUGCUCUUCUCUUGCAUAUGCCAGAGGAGCAGACUUUCUGUGUACUCAAGAAGAUAAUGUUUGAGUAUGGACUGCGGGAGCUCUUCAGAGACGGGUUUGAGGUGCUGCACAUGCGCUUCUACCAACUUGGGAAGCUAAUUGAGGAGCAUAUCCCUGAGUUGUGGCAGCACUUCCAGGAGCAGGGUGUAGAGGUGCACAUGUUUGCCAGCCAGUGGUUCCUCACCCUCUACACUGCCAAGUUCCCGCUCUUCAUGGUGUUCCAUUACCUAGACCUCUUCCUCCUCAUUGGCCUCGAUUCAGUCUUUCAGGUGGCAUUGGCUCUUCUACAGAUGUCCAAGAAGGAGUUGCUGUCCUCAGACUUUGAAGGAAUACUAAAAUAUUUCCGAGUGUCGUUGCCUAAGAAGUACCGCAAUGAAGAUGUGGCCCGACAGCUUUUCAAACUGGCCACCUCCAUCAAGGUGAAGAAGAUCAAGAAGUAUGAAAAGGAGUACCUUGCCCUCAAAGAACAAGAGGCUCUGCAGGAAGAUCCAGUGAUGCGUCUGGAGAGGGAGAACAGGCGUCUGCUGGAGGACAAGAUGAGGCUGGAGAGGGAGAAUGAUGACCUUGCUCAGGAACUGGUGAACAGCAAGAUUACCAUGAGAAAGGGCAUGGAUCAGCUUGAGGACAAGUGUGACUCUCUUGGGAAGGAAGUGGUGAACCUGAACACAGUGCUCUCUGACGCGGAGGAGGAGAAGAAGCGCCUCCUCCUGGAGGCCAAUCAGGUCAAGGAGCUGCUUAAGAGGGAAGUGGAAAAGGGAGAUGUUGAAACCCAGAGCAAGACUGCCAUCAUCGCUGACUACAAGAACAUCUGCUCCCAGCUGUCCGAGAGGCUGGACAAGGAGCAGGCGGCUAAUGCAAGUACCAUCAACAUGUACAAGGCUAAGGUGGCUUCCUGUGAGAAGUGCAGUGCCUUGCUCUCCCCCGUGUGUGGACCCCCAACCGAGGUGGGGCUGGAGGAGUCCCCAGCAGUCACCCGGCUGCAGCAGCAGGUGCGGGAGCUGGAGCUGGAGCUGGCCAAGACCAAACUGGCCCUUGUGGAAUCUGAGUGUAAGAACCAGGACUUGACACACCAGCUGGCCACUGCUGUGAGGGAGCUUCAGGCCACCAAGAACACUUGGUUCCAAAAGACCCUUACGUCCAUAUCCUCCCUGAAGGAACGCACUGGCUCCUCAUCCUCUCCCUCCUUCACUUCCUCUACAACUUCUACCACUGCAGCCUCCACCACUGCUGUAGCUGCAUCCAGUGCCUCGGCAGCAAACGUCAGUGUUCAGCGUCAGAUCAGUAAAGACAGUAACUCUGAAAAGAUAUAGAACAUGCCUUUACUCAUCCUCCGCAACAUCAUAUACUUCAGAAAGUUGACAAAUGUGUGAAUGUUUUGAAGGUUGGCUAAGCAGGAAAAAGUUAGUGAAUGUGUGAAGUGUCUUUUAGAAAUAGCAGAGAUGAAGAGUUGAUUUUAGCAGUAUUCUUGCACCCAGAGUUGUCAUAGGAAUAUAUUUAGUGUGUCAGUAGAAGCAAAAAUCAGAGAAUGAGCAUUGUGAAAACAAAAGUAACAUUCCAAAAAUGACUGUGGUGAAGGCUGUAAAUGUUGUUACUAUAACAGUACAUCCCAGUACCUCGUGCAUGUGAUACACUCCCUUGACUGUCCUGGCUUGCUGAAUGUGUGCAGAAAGGCUGAGAAACAAAGAAGGUCCAGGAAAAGAACUGUGGGAUUGAAAGGAGUAGAUGACAGAAUGGCAUUGUAGUGUCUGUCUGGGAAGUAAGGAGACUCCAGUCAUGGCCAUCCUCAUGAUGGAGUUCCAAGACAGUGCCAUGAACUAUGAAAAUGAUCUUCGGAACCUAGAAGUAAUAUUUGGUCUCUAGGACAAUUUUAUGACUUUGUCCAUCCAUUCCAGGGCUUGACCAAUAGAAAAACACCCUGCCUCCUCCAGCCUUAACACUAAACUCACUCACAAACUUUAUUAGCUAUUGCUACUACUAUUCCUGCUGCUGUUGACACUUACUACUACACUUGCUUUUGUGCACUCAUCACUACCACCAACAAAAUUGAUUUGUGUGUGUGUGUGUGUGUGUGUGUGUGUGUGUGUGUGUGUGUGUGUGUGUGUGUGUACUCAUAUUCAUGCAUGUAUGUGUGCAUGUGCAUGUGUGCUUGUAUGGGUGUUUGUAAGAGGACUCAAGUGUGUGUACACGUGUGUGUGCAAUCAUACAUGCAUGUUUGUUUUCAAAACUACUUAUUCUCAAUGUUUAUGCGCCUGGGAUGCACACAAACCUAAAAAAAAUCAUGCUGAAGUACUUACAAAUAAUCUCAUUAGUGCAAAGUGAAUAUUUUUAUUAAGGGAAAAAGACAGUUUAUAUUGCACUGAGAUAUGACAUUUUAUCUGAUUGUUACGCUGUAAAUUCAUCUGGAGCUUUACUGCAGUCCAAGUGGCAGGAGAAGGGAAAUAAGGGAUGGUAGGGAUGGCUUCUAGCAGUUGUCCACCUAUAAUAGUACUCAGACAUAUGCAUGAUAGGUGACAUCCAAAAGAGGUUUGCAGCAUGAGUUCAGAGUGAGGAGCUAGGAGUCAAGGGUAGUGGAAAAGCUCUGACAGAAAAAGGGAAAUGAGGAGGUACUGGGACUACAGGCUGAUGGGAGUGAAAGGGUACAGGCAUGGGAGUAGGAAUAAGGAGGUGCAGGAAUGACAAAGAAAAAAAAUGUAGCACUCGUUAAAUGGGAGAGGAAAUACUAGAACGGUGAGGCACUUAAAUGAAAGGAGUAAGAGGGCACUGAAACAAGAUGAAUAAAGAGAAGUGAGGAGGAUGUAGUUAUUGACAUGAGUAUUCCCUGAUGAGGUGAAAGACUGAGUCCAUUACAACUUACAAGCUUGAAACAGUGUACACAAACCCUGUAUGGACAAGAAUCUAAAAUGACAAAGUGAAUAAAUAUGGAACACUUAUGGAAAGAGAAAGACUUCCAUAGAAUUUAAACCCACACAUACCCAAAACCGUGCACCCAAAGCUAAGUACAGGAUAAACAGGGUCAGACAGUCAAUGGCUUUCAUUGUGUUGCAUAUAUGUCUUAAGUAGUAAAUUUCUGUUGUUAUGUUUGCCACUGUGUAGAAUUAGCCUUGCUGGUUAUAUUCCAGUACUUUUAUAAUGACCAGCUAGCCAGCAGGAUGUGGCUGUUGGGCACAGAUAAAGGAUGCAAGCAAAUAUUUUUAAGAGAACAUUUUUGAAGGAAAAUAUGCGUUAUGAAAAUAUGAAAGUUGUAUUCAAUGAAAUUAUAAAAAUGGUUUCAAUUUCAGUGUCUAACGGAAAAUGAAGAUCUCAGUCCCUCUAGCUUUUGAUAUGUGGAUGCAGAAAUGUAGAUUUAAUUACUGUACCACAUAAUUUGUCCACAAGUAAAUUUAAGACAUUUUCCCUAACUGCAGUCUGUAAGGAAAUACAGAAAGGAGAUCAACAUUAUUAUUAUUAUUUUUUUUUUAUGAUGAAGAGAUCCAAAAUAGUCAUUCUUAUUCACCACUUUCUUUGUUGCAGUGUGGAAAGUAAAUUAAGGAAAUUCUUGCCAUCAUAUUCUUAACUCACGUCUGCUGUCAUCCAUAGUUCUGCAUUGGCUCUGUUGUUAUACAUGUAAUAUUAUGUGCUUUAUUUCAAGCUCAUGAAACAUAAUGAGUAUUCCGGGAGUUUGCUGUAUAUAGGUGUAUAAUCAGAAAUUAAUCAACUUUAUUUAUUACAAGUUACUACCUUGUAUUUACUGCACACAAGAGGCAUUUGUAAAGAAAAAAGAAGCUUACAUGAAUGUGCAUUAUAAUCGUCUAUAUUCUCCCAUGGAUGAAUGAUUGAAUGUAUUGAAUGUGUGUGUGUGUGUGUGUGUGUGUGUGUGUGUGUGUGUGUGUGUGUGAGAGAGAGAGAGAGAGAGAGAGAGAGAGAGAGUCAGAGAGUGUAUGUUCAUCCUGACUGUCCGGCAGUAAACAAUGCAAGUACUUACUACACCACAUUCACACAUGUAUCUAAGAGAAUAAUUUAGAAAGGAAAUAUAUUUAAUUACUUGCAAGUUAUUUAGAAGCAAUUUCUAAAUAUACUAAAUGUUAAGUCGUUUUCUCCAUGACUGUUGGAAGCUCUCUCGUGACACUGGAGCCUAAAUAAUCCCCUUCUCGGCUCGCUGCAGGAAAUAUAUUAAAGUCUAAGGGAUAUUCUUUCAUGCCAAAAUAAAUCUUAAGUAAAGCACAGCCCAUAAAUCAAGGUUAAUUCAAUAUAUGUGAGAUGAGACAGGGCUGGAGACAAGCAAGAGGACUUCCGACAGCUGGACAAAAAGACUAAUAAAUAGGUUAAAAGACAGUGGAGAUGUAGAGUAUGUGUGGCGCCCCAAGGUGGACUUAAUCAUGCCACUGGUACCACCUGUCAGGGCUCACACUGUUAUACUUGAGUUAAUAAUAUCUAUCUUUCAUUUGAAUUGGCUCAUCUAUGUACAUACAGAAUUCAUUAGUGUUUUAUUGUAUAAUUUAUUUUUUGUGAUAAUACUGUGCCUCAUUAUGUUUAGAGUUGUGUAGUCCCUUCAGCCUUUACUCGGGGCUGGACUGAGAGAGGGAAUGGAGGUGGUAACCAGAGAUGUGAACCCCAAAAGAAAGUGGUCAUGAUGCUGGAAAAGGCAUACGAGUCACAUGUUUAGAUCAGCCUAAGCGCCCUUGAACAAAAAAUCCUCAGUGUUUUAUUUUAGAGGUAUUUUAAGAGGGAAGGGAAUGACCUGCAUCCUUAUAUUCCCUAAUGGGAUUGGACAAGCUAAGAGUCACUCCCACUUUUACGAUCAUCAAGUAGGCAAGACUCAUAGCCCGUCCAACCCCACAAGGGAAAAUAAGGACAUUAAAUGAGAAGAAAAAGAAGAAUUACCCGAGGAGUUGAGUUAAAAGCGGCCCCAAAGGAUGGUAGAUUGUGUGGAUAGAUUGUGUGUAACAUGAAAGGCUGAUUAUUAUGCAUCUCAUUCGGCCUGUUUUCCAGAAUCAUGACAAGUGGGCGGCAAGCAUCACCAAGCUCUUGAGGCAAAUUCUACUUAAUGUUAUGUAUUAUGUUGGUCUGUGACAUUGUCCCUCUUGUGUUGUAAUUAUAUUUAUUAUUCUCUUAUACAGGUUUAGCAGAUGUUAUAUUUACUGAAGUUAUAAUCAUUAUGAAGAUUAUUAUGUAUAUGAAGAUAAUAUAGUGUUAGUGAAAAUAGGUGAUAAAAAGCAUAAGCUAUGCUGAUGAGCUUUUUGGGGUAUACAAGAUUUAUAUUGUUUCCUUAUUCUUUAUACACAUUUAUUUUUUAGUUCUGCUUUAUAAGUCUUUAAUUUCUUUUUCCUAUUCAACAGCAGGACUCGCAGGGGUCCUUCAGAUAUGGGGUUUAGGUCAAACAUAACUGUAGCCAUUUCCUUGUAUGUAAAUGAAUUAUUCAUCAGUCUUAGGAAAUUUUCAGCUUAAUUAAAAAGUAAUAAUUUAUUCCUAUAUCAAGGAAGACUAUCCUAUUUUAUAAGCAGAAAUCUACAUUAUUUUGAAAUAUAAAAGCUGUUUUAGAUGCUAGUUGGCAUACUUUUAGGUACUUUAGCAAACUAUUUCACCUGGCUGCAUAUAAACAAUGCUUAAUAACCUCACCUCCCAGGUGAUGCCUCCCUCAUAUUCCACCUUGCCUUUCUUACUCAGUUGCUGAGUGUUUUUUGUUUUCUUUUUAUUUUUUCUUGCCAUUAAAUGAACAAACCGAGAUGCCUGAAACCCCCUUCAAGGAAAACAAUAACAAAAAUUGUACAUGUGCUUUAAAUAAGGCAAAAAGAUAAAAAUGUGAUUUUUGCCAGCAAGUAUCUAAAACGUGUUUGUAGUUUUCAUACAUACUAUGUAUAAUUUUUUAAUAUGGAGCAAGGUAUGUCACAAAUAUUUAUGGGUUUCUGCACCGACAAGGCGCAUAUUCCUGUUAUGAAGAGAUGUUGGGUGGCUGUGUUGAGAGUUCUUGGCUCAUGUCUGCAAGGGCGUGGGUUUGUGCCAUGGCCAGCUUCUUGAGUGGAGAGGUCAGGCUUUCUUAUGACCCCAGCAGGGCUACAUUCCGCCUAGUUCAGGGAUGGAGACACACCUGGCUAGCUAACCUGACCCUCAGCUAACAGGAAGACUUGCAAGAAAGUUCUCUAUUCUAGCACCACUCACUCAUGGUAGGAAUCGGUCACCAUAUGUUUCUCUAAGUUAUGUAAAUAUUAUAGAGAAGGAAUAUUAUGCUCAUACUCAAUUCCAUUUUUUUUAGUUAUGCAUUCAUACAUAUUUCAUGUAAAUCAGUGUAUGCAUGCAUCGGCUGUAUGUUUGUUGGUUUCUGUAAAUACAAAUUAUCUCUAAUGAGGAUGAAUGAGAAGGUCUGUGCUGCAAAUGCUUGUUAGGUCAAUGACUAGAUGUAAGUUAUGUUCAGUACGAUAUACAAGUCACAGUCCCACUUCCCUCCGAUGGCAACACUUGUGAUACUGCCCUUCUGUACCUCUACACCAAAUACAUCAUAACAAACA